AUGACGUUUUACAUGGCGGGUCCUGGCCGAAAGGGUGGAUAUGUACCGGGACGGGAUAAUGUCAUUGAUGAAGUUAUGCGCUCGUGGCAAGAGAAGUACUGCACUUAUUCCGAAGUAAGCGUUUGCGUUUCGACCUUCAACGUGAAUGGUCGAUCAGCUCCACCCAAUAUUUUGGGAUGGUUCCCGAGUGACAAUCGAGCCGAUUUCUACAUUGUCGGAUUGCAAGAAAUGGAUCUAUCGAUCGGCACUCACAUCAUCGACAACAUGAAAAAAGAGAUCGAAUGGAUUGAAUGCAUACGACAGUCACUCCCGAAUCCCGAUGAUUAUAUUAAGGUUCGCUCUCAUCGACUAGUCGGAAUUCUCAUUGUGAUGUUCAAAUUGACGAAGUGUAAUGUGCAAAUCACCGAGGAAAAGUCGAAUCUGAUCGCCACGGGGAUCUCGGUGAUGGGAACGAAAUUGGGGAACAAGGGUGGAACCGGGAUCUCGGUGAAGAUUAACGAUUCGCUCAUUUGUUUCAUCAAUUGUCACUUGGCUGCUGGGAAUGGGGAAUUGGAAAGGAGGAAUCAGGAUUUCAGAGAUAUUACAAAUCUAACGUUUGGUUCGACAGACGCAAAUAUUUGGGCUCAUGACGCGAUUUUCUGGUUUGGCGAUCUCAAUUAUCGGCUGAUUAACGAGGCUCCAUACACGAGCGAUGAAAUUCGUGCAAUCGCUCAGACAAAACAAGCGCAUCAACUUUUUCAAUAUGAUCAGCUUUACAUCGAGAAAGCGAAAGGACGCGUGUUUGCCAGUUUUGAAGAAACACCUCCAAAAUUUCGACCAACUUACAAAUUCGACGUUGGAACAUGUCAAUGGGAUAGCAGUGAAAAAGCGAGAGUGCCCGCGUGGUGUGAUCGAAUCCUUUGGCGGAAACUUGACGCCGAUACACACAUUCGGCAACUCUCGUACGAGUCCCUCGAAGCUGUGGUCAUCUCGGAUCACAAACCCGUUAGAGCCUUUUUUGCGUUACGAUUGCGAAAAAUUGACCAACAAAAAGCUGAUAGACUUUAUGAGGACGCGAUUCGGGAAGCUGAUCGACGAGCGAAUGAGCUUUUGCCGCAAAUCUCGCUCUCAGCCUCUGAGCUUGAUUUUGGCGAGGUUGCCUACUUGGAGCCGAAUUGUCGAACGAUCACGAUCAAGAACACUGGAAAGGCGAGGGUGAACUUGAGCUUUGUCCCUCCUCCGAACAAGGAAAGAAUCUGUGCCCGGUGGCUUCAAGUCACACCGAUCAAAUAUGCACUUCGAAUCGAUGAGGAAAUCCAGAUCUCACUGACGGUCGUCAUUGAUAAAGGAUCCGCGUGGGAGCUCUCAAAGAAUAAAAUGGAAAGCUUGCAAGAUAUUCUGGUGAUGAGACUGGAGAAAGGACGAGAUCACUUCUUGAUUUGUACUGCUAAAUAUACUCCGAAAGUGUUCGGUGUUUCUCUUCAACAUCUUUUGCACAGAAAUCAAACCGAGCAGAAUCUCAUCGAUUUUGGAGAAACAGCCCAAGUAUUGGACGAUUGCCCGGAUGGAGUCCCAAAAGAAAUCCAUCGUCUCGUUUCCGCGUUGCGCAAAAUCGGACACACAAAGCUCAAUUUCACAGAGAUGGUUGACAACUCACUAUUUGGUGCUAUUCGAACGGCUCUCGAGAACAAUGUUCCGCAAGAUCUCACCUCGAUUCGUGGUGUGACCGCUUUCUCUUUGUACAGCACCCUGCUUCGACUUCUCGACUCGCUCACAGAAUCAUUAAUUCCACAAAAGUCUAAAGAAGCUUGUCUACAUCAUUGCACAAAUGCCGUGCUUUUAUGGACUGAGGUUGCGAAAUUUGAUCCGAUUCGCGUGGCGAUGAUCGAGUAUUUGACGACGUAUCUGCGAGAACUUGUCUCACUUCGACAGGAGGCUCGAGAGCAAUUGUGGAGUUGGGCGGACGUUUUCUUUCGUGACACAUCUCCACCGAUCACCCCGCGACAGCAAUGUCUCUAUUCGCUGGUCGAUUAUGCUCGUGAUGUGGCCGUUUUUCACUCAUCCGCCUCAUUCAACACUUUACCAAACAAGCCAAGCAACGAGCGAUUGCAAGUGCGAUUACCGCCGCCAGUGCCACCACAUCGUGGAACGAGUUCACAAACGAUUCCCCGUGCCGGAAGCAAUAUGUUC